GGAAUCGCGUAUGACCAAAACGAAGGCGCGCUUGUCAUUUGUUUAACAGAGAAAAAUGCAUUUUAUGAUUACGAAAAUCAUCAUAAAAACAGAGUCGUGAAAAAAAUAGUGAACGGUGAAAAACGAAUGGAAACGCCAAAUAUUCUGUCUUUCGCUGGAUCGCCCUUGGUCGAGUAUCCAGCACGGCUAGCGACUACAAAGUCUGGACAUAUUGCAAUAUCUGAUUGGAAGAGGAAUUGUGUGACGAUAUUAAACUCCAAGGGACAUGUGGAAACAGAGUAUUUCAGUCUAAGCAAGAACAGAAAAUCGGACGGCUUCUGUCCACGAGGCAUAUGCUGUGAUAGCGAGGGCGUGAUUCUUGUUGCGGAUUUCAGCAACCACAGAAUCAUGCUUCUCGACGAAACUGGUCAAACGUUCCUGGCAGUACUGACCAAGGAGGACGGUAUCCAUCACCCCUGGUCAGUAGGCUAUGGUAACGACGGUCUAGUCUGGGUUGGAAACAAACACGGCGAGGUAAAAAUCUACAGCCUCACCCUCCCGGACAAUGGCAAGUGAUGUGGUCUAUGGACAUUUAGGAUUUCCUUCGUAUAGGAUUUCUGAUGAUAUGGGUUUGUAAAGGGAACCACGUGGAAAUGUUACUUAAUCGAUUGAUUGAAUCAGACGUAGGAUAUUAGACAAUGCAUUAAGAUUAUUACUGUUUUUUAUUAUUAUUGAGCAUCUAUAUAUCAUUAGUCAAUACAAUGUUUAGGGUCCGAUAACUUGAUUAUGUGGUUAAAGAGAGAAAAUAUUUGUACAUGUGUCCUGUAGUUUUCACGUGUCUUAUAAGUACAACACGUGUUUUGUACGUACUACACGUGUACUAUAGGUACAACACGUGUCCUGUAGGUACUAUACACGUGUCAUGUAGGUACUACACGUGUCAUAUAGGUACUACACGUGUCCUGUAGGUACUACACGUGCCCUGUAGGUACUACGUGUCCUGUAUGUACUGCACGUGUCAUGUAGGUACUACACGUGUCAUGUAGGUACUACACGUGUCAUGUACGUACUACACGUGUCCUGUAGGUACUGCACGUGCCCUGUAUGUACUACACGUGUCAUAUAGGUACUACACGUGUCAUAUAUGUACUACACGUGUCAUAUAGGUACCACACGUGUCCUGUAGGUACUACACGUGUACUGUAUGUACUACACGUGUCAUAUAUGUAUUACACGUGUCAUAUAGGUAUUACACGUGUCAUAUAGGUACUACUAGUGUCAUAUAGGCUACACGUGUCCUGUAGGUACUACACGUGUCCUGUAGGUACUACGUGUGUCCUGGAUGUACUACACGUGCCCUGUAGGUACU